CGGGAGGCCGAGAACGCAGUCGGCUGUUGCAUCCUCGAGGGAGUGGUAUUGACGCCCCCCUGCUCCUAAGCCCUCCGGUAGCGCCGAGGCUCCUGUGUGCUCUCGACCUCGCCAACCGCUCCCCACGCACCUUGCCCACCGGGCCUCCAGCAUCAUGUGCGGUAUAUUUGCUUACUUAAACUACCAUGUCCCUCGCACAAGACGAGAAAUCUUGGAGACCCUAAUCAAAGGCCUUCAGAGACUGGAGUACAGAGGAUAUGAUUCUGCUGGUGUGGGAUUUGAUGGAGGCAAUGACAAAGACUGGGAAGCCAAUGCCUGCAAAAUCCAGCUCAUUAAGAAGAAAGGGAAAGUAAAAGCACUGGAUGAAGAAGUUCAGAAACAACAGGAUAUUGAUUUGGAUAUAGAAUUUGAUGUACACCUUGGAAUAGCUCAUACCCGUUGGGCAACACACGGCGAACCCAAUCCUGUCAAUAGCCAUCCCCAGCGCUCUGAUAAAAAUAAUGAAUUUAUUGUUAUUCACAAUGGAAUCAUCACUAACUACAAAGACUUGAAAAAGUUCUUGGAAAGCAAAGGCUAUGACUUUGAAUCUGAAACAGACACAGAAACAAUUGCCAAGCUUGUUAAGUACAUGUAUGACAAUCGGGAAAGUCAAGAUACCAGUUUUACUACCUUGGUGGAGAGAGUUAUCCAACAACUGGAAGGUGCUUUUGCACUUGUAUUUAAAAGUGUUCAUUUUCCUGGCGAAGCAGUUGGCACAAGACGAGGUAGCCCUCUGCUGAUUGGUGUACGAAGUGAACAUAAACUCUCUACUGAUCACAUUCCAAUACUCUACAGAACAGGCAAGGAUAAGAAAGGAAGCUGCAAUCUGUCUCGUGUGGAUAGCACAACUUGCCUUUUCCCUGUUGAAGAAAAAGCUGUGGAGUAUUACUUUGCUUCUGAUGCAAGUGCUGUCAUAGAACACACCAAUCGCGUCAUUUUUCUUGAAGAUGAUGAUGUAGCAGCGGUGGUAGAGGGCCGUCUUUCUAUCCAUCGAAUUAAACGAACUGCAGGUGAUCACCCUGGAAGAGCUGUGCAAACCCUCCAGAUGGAACUCCAGCAGAUCAUGAAGGGCAACUUCAGUUCAUUUAUGCAGAAGGAAAUUUUUGAGCAGCCAGAGUCAGUUGUGAACACAAUGAGAGGAAGAGUCAACUUUGAUGACUAUACUGUGAACUUGGGUGGCUUGAAGGAUCACAUUAAGGAGAUCCAGAGGUGCCGGCGUCUGAUUCUUAUUGCUUGUGGAACAAGUUAUCAUGCUGGUGUAGCAACUCGUCAAGUUCUUGAAGAGCUGACUGAGUUGCCUGUUAUGGUGGAGCUAGCCAGUGAUUUCCUGGAUAGAAACACGCCAGUUUUUCGAGACGAUGUUUGCUUUUUUAUUAGUCAGUCAGGUGAGACAGCAGAUACCCUGAUGGCUCUUCGGUAUUGCAAGGAGAGAGGAGCUUUAACUGUGGGGAUCACAAACACUGUCGGCAGUUCCAUAUCAAGGGAGACAGACUGUGGAGUUCACAUUAAUGCUGGGCCUGAAGUUGGUGUGGCCAGUACAAAGGCUUAUACCAGCCAGUUUGUAUCCCUUGUGAUGUUUGCCCUUAUGAUGUGUGAUGACAGGAUCUCCAUUCAGGAGAGACGAAAAGAGAUCAUGCUUGGACUGAAGCGGCUGCCUGAUUUGAUUAAGGAAGUACUGAGCAUGGAUGAUGAAAUUCAGAAACUGGCAACAGAACUUUAUCAUCAGAAGUCGGUUUUGAUAAUGGGCCGUGGCUAUCAUUAUGCUACUUGUCUUGAAGGGGCACUGAAAAUCAAAGAAAUCACUUACAUGCACUCUGAAGGCAUCCUUGCUGGUGAAUUGAAACAUGGCCCUCUGGCUUUGGUGGAUAAGUUGAUGCCUGUCAUCAUGAUCAUCAUGAGAGAUAAUACUUAUGCCAAGUGUCAGAAUGCUUUUCAGCAGGUGAUUGCUAGGCAGGGACGUCCAGUGGUGAUUUGUGAUAAGGAAGAUACCGAGACCAUUAAGAACACAAAAAGAACAAUUAAGGUCCCCCACACAGUGGACUGCUUGCAGGGCAUUCUCAGCGUGAUCCCCUUACAGUUGCUGGCUUUCCACCUUGCUGUGCUGAGAGGCUAUGAUGUUGAUUUCCCCCGGAAUCUUGCCAAAUCUGUAACAGUAGAAUAAGAAGCACCUGAAACUCUGGGCGAUUAAGCAACACAAGACACCUUUUGUAUUUAAAAUAUCACUCCUUUAAGCUUUUUUUUUUUUUUUUUAAGUAAAUCCUUAUUUAUAUAUCAGUUAUAAUUGUUCUACUCAAUUUGUGAUUUUUGUGAAAUUACCUCUUAUUUUUCCAGAGGGGGAGUUUGAAAAAUGGAAUCUAUAUUCAAAUCAGUAUCAGAAACAGAUUUAGCUCUCAUUUUCUUUAAAAGAUGCUGGGAGUUGGAUUUCUGGACCCUCUACUUCAAUCUGAGAGGAUUGUGUGUUUUAAAAGUAAUUGGCAUUUGUUUUACCAUGCAGCUGUUCAUGCAGACCAGUGAAAGAGUAGUGCAUUUAUUGGAGAUCUAAAGCCAGUGGCAAUUACUUGGACAUUGGAUUAGGUUUUGCUAAAUUAUAUAUAAAGAUAAGAUGCUAUGAUUUACUUUGAAAUUUGUGUACUUAAAAACAGAAAACUUUUCUUGGUGGGAUUUCUACUUAAGUUAGGUUAACCUUAGUGUCUUAAAUUUGUUGUUUGUUAUCAAGGUAGUUUAGGAAGCUAAAUAGUGUAGUAGUGCGUUGGCUUUCUCCAGCCCUUAACAGAAAAUAUUUGUACAGUUUCAUAGCACAAACUUUAAAUUUGAGCUGCUUUGGACAACUGACAAUAUGAUUUUAAAUUUGAAGGUGGAAUAGAUAUAUGUUGUAUAUCCAACUGUUUUUUUGUUUCCCAAAAGUGUUUUUUAUUUCCUUGUAUCUGUAGUUUUUGUUUAAUCACUCCUGAAUGACAUAUUUUAUCUUCUUCUUUGAAAUCACCACACAGAGUUGUUAUCAAAUGUCUCAAAUUAAAUCUGUAUUGAUAAAUUCAAAA